AUGGCUCUCAGCUUCUUUAGUGGUGGCGGAAGCUCAAGCAAUGCCAAGUACUUUGACAUUCGUUUGAAUGAUGACUAUGUCGUCUUCCGCGGCGGCGAACAUGAAGCCGCAAGCGUCAACCUUCAGGGCACACUAGUCCUCUGUCUGUCGGAGCCGCUGGCUAUCAAGCAUAUCCGAUUGGAACUGACUGGCAUGUCUCGAGUAUGCUGGCACUUGCCAUCCAGCUCCACUGCUGGCGGCCGCAAGUCAUGGAGGGAACGAGUUUUCUGGGACAAGACAUGGCGAUUCCGCGAUCCAGGCAAAGGAAAGACGGAGAUUCUCCCUGCCGGAAAUUACGAGUAUCCUUUCAACGUCGUCUUGGAAGGCUCAAUGCCCGAGAGUGUCGAGGGUCUAUCGGAGACCUGGGUCAUGUACCGGUUCAAGGCCGAAAUCGGACGGAAGUACGCCAAAGACAUUGUGGCUCGCAAACCUCUGCGUAUUAUCCGAACACUCGACCCUAGCGCAUUGGAACUAUCGCACGCUAUGUCCGUGGACAACAUUUGGCCGAACAAGAUCGAAUACUCUAUCAGUACCCCGACUAAGGCGGUUAUUUUCGGAACAUCCAUUCGAGUCGAUUUCAAGUUGAUUCCUUUGUUGAAAGGGCUCCGUAUCGGACAAACAACCUCACAGCUCAUGGAAAGCCACGACCUGACCCUCAACCCGGAAGAUCCCGAUUCCAUUCGCAAUACCUACAAAAUUACCCGCACCAUCUUGACCGAUGAAUUCGAUGUGGAUCAGGAUAAUAUUGAGGUCAUUGACGAGGCGGCCGAGGGAUACCAAUUCACGCGUUACCUGGAUAUGCCGUCUUCAUUGUCUCGUUGUCUGCAGGAUACAGACACCAAGGGUAUCAAGAUCCGCCACAAGUUGAAGUUCCGCAUUCAACUUCAUAACCCAGAUGGACACAUUAGCGAGCUGCGCGCCACUCUUCCAGUCUCGAUCUUCAUCUCCCCCAACAUUGCCAUCGACGAGAACAACACCAUCCGUGAUCACGAAAGCAUUCAGUCCGCUCAGCGUCGUGCCGCAGACGAGUUCGCUUCCCAGCAAGCACCCCCGCUCUAUGGAGAGCAUCGGUUCGAUCAGUUGUACAGUGGUGUCGAUCCCAACGGGUACCGCACACCAGGCCCCGGCAGCGGAUCUCAAACGCCCUUCGGUGCUCUGAGUCGCAAUAUGUCGGCAGACAACCUUGCCUCCAUGAACGCAUUGACCAACACCGACAUCUCGGCCGUGGCGCUGCACAGUCGUCUUUCGAGCCUACACAAUGCCCGCAUUGGUCACCUUUCACCAAACGAGAGCCACGAUUCUCCCACGGAAAGCCAUCCUAACUCACGACAGCUGAACGUUCACUUUAAUGACUACUUCGGACCUUCCUCUGGCUCUAACUCACACAGUCCUGGCAGUCCUGAACUCUCUCGUCGGGCUUCUGACGAGGUGGAACAUGACGCUAUCCCAUCAGGAAUGGCGACUCCUUUCCACCCACAAUAUGCCGAGGUUGAGACUCUGAGCCGAGUCCCUAGUUAUUCGACUGCCGUUCGCGCUACCGUGGGAUCAUACGACUCUCAUCUUCCUGAUUACAAUGCCGUCAUUGCGGAUAGCCUGCCGGUCACCCCCUUGCUGCAAUCGCCGCAGCAAGCCUACCUAAGAAGCGGACGUAACAGUGGCCGGGCUAGCGGGGUCUCUACACCAUUAGAGGUGAAUCGACCCGGCUACUUCAAUUCAAACGGCGUCAAUGCUGAUGACGCCGAACGCAGACUCCGAUUAGUACAAGCCCGCGCUAGAGCGUAA